AUGAACGCUACUUCUGCCGCAAUGCCCAAGGCUGCGGCUCUCCCCGCUCGUUUACUCCGGACUUCGCAACGAUACUCCAAGCAGAACCCGACGAUAGGGCAGACUCGUGUCUACCAUGCCUCAACACUCUCGUCGACCGACAAACGCCCGCAGGAUGUCUGCAAUAAGAAACACUCCGGCUUCGCUUCUUCGAGAAUCUUCCACACGACCGCUCCCCGCGCAGCAAUUCCCGAUCCUUACAAGACCCUCGGAGUAGAGAAGGGCGCAUCGGCGUCCGAUAUCAAGAAGGCUUACUAUGGAAUGGCCAAGAAAUACCAUCCGGAUACCAACAAGGAGCCUAACGCCAAGGAGAAAUUCGCAGAGGCUCAGACGGCUUACGAACUACUUUCCGAUGCCAAAAAGCGAGAGAACUACGAUCGGUUUGGCUCUGCAGCAUUCGACCAGAACGGCGGCUUCGAUCCUAAUGCCGCUGGCGGCAACCCAUUCUCUGGUGCGGGCGGUUUCGGUGGCUUCGGUGGCGGCUUCGGAGGAGGAUUCCCCGGCGGUUUUGCGGCUGAUAUCAACUUUGAGGAUCUUUUCGGCGCUUUCGCGGGAGGCGCUCGUCGCUCCGGUCGGGGCAGACGAAGCCCGUUCCAGGAGAUUCUGGUCGGUGAGGACGUCGAGGUCCAGACCAGCAUUUCCUUCAUGGAAGCCGCGAAGGGCACAACGAAGGACAUUGUCAUCAACCCCCUCACGGAAUGUGGCACUUGCAAAGGCGACGGACUGAAGGCGGGUGCCAAGCGCUCCAAGUGCCCUCAGUGUAACGGCUCUGGUACCAGAGUGCACUUCAUGCAGGGAGGCUUCCAGGUGGCGGCCACCUGCGAUGCCUGCGGUGGUGCAGGCAUGACGGUGCCUCGAGGAUCUGAGUGCAGACCCUGCAGUGGCAACGGCGUGGUCAGAGACCGCAAGACCAUUCAGGUGGAUAUUCCGGGUGGUGUCGAAGAUGGUAUGCGAUUGCGAGUGGCUGGCGAGGGUGAUGCUCCGCCCACGGGAGCCUCUGCCGCGCCUGGCUCUCGGACGCAACGGGGUGACCUCUUCGUUUCUAUUCGGGUCUCCCCCGAUCAUCGUUUCAGCCGCUCCGGCUCCGACAUUCUCUACACUGCUUCCAUCCCUCUCACCACCGCUCUCCUGGGUGGUGAGGCAACCGUGCCGACCUUAGAUGGCGAGGUCAAGGUGAAGGUUGCCACCGGUACGGGUACCGGUGACCGCAUCACGCUCUCUGGAAUGGGAAUGAAGAAACUCAGUGGCCGAGCCCGCAGCUUCACCCCCACGGGUGACCUGAGGGUUGAAUUCAAGGUGGCUAUGCCGAAAUACUUGACCGGCAACCAACGAACUAUCCUGGAGGUGCUAGCGGACGAAAUGGGCGACAAGACUGCCAAGCGUAUCAUGAAUGUUGGGCAACAGAGUUCAUCAGAAGCCACCUCUGAAGACUCGUCGAAGGGCGAGGGCUUCAUUAAGUCGGCGUGGCACAAGCUCAUGAACCACAAGAACGAAUCUCAAUCCGAGAGCUCGACGGGCAAAUCGGACAAGGAGUCGAACGGCUCCGACAAGAAAGACGACAAGAAAUAG